AUGGAUGGUGAUCUCAGCAAGGCCGACAUCAUCACGAGGAUGUAUAUACUUGCGACCAUUCAAAGUGAUAUUAGUGAACACCAAUGUGCUGCUGAGAAGGUCAAAGUGCACGAUCUUGCAAGCCUUAUGGCUGACAUGCGCAUUCGGCUGGAAAUGACCUUUGUUUUAAUGCCAGAGCAAAAGGCAAACAUUUGCUCUAGGGCCAUGGACCUUAUAAUUGCACCUACAUGCACCAACUUCAAAUUAUAUCAUAUUGAACUCGAAGCCGCAUUGCUGCUGACAAAUGUCUUCAGUAACCCUGCUCGUGAAAAGAUUUUGGCCAUGCACGUUUGGCAUGUAUGCUCAAACGUGCAGAAUACUCUGCGCGAAGAUGGAUAUCUGGCUAACAGCACUUGUGUGGGGGCUCAGCUAUGGAAUGGAGUGGUUGGCCACUCAGCCGUCACAUUAACUCGAUUUGUUUAUGAUAUCCUGCAUAAGUUUAAACGAGGGGAAGUUGAUGUGCAGCAAGAACACGGAUAUACAAUACAUUUGACUUUGUUGAUGUAUCAGCGGCGGUUUGCCAUAGAACACCCCGAGUUACUCAACGUGGUUGAGGUUGAAGAGGAGGACAUCACCUAUGCGGAGACUAAUGAGAACACCCCCCCAAGGAAGCAUCAGCGCACGGUCACAGGUCGCAAACCCCGUGUGGCAGGUGUCUGCCAAGUGGAUCUAUGGUUCAAGACCGAGGUCACAGCGCGAGGUGUGAAUCUAAUGGGCGGAGGUUGGAAAGACUAUGUCAAGGACACUAUUGAUCAUGACACCGCACAUUUUGCACCUGCUGCACUGGGGAAUCAGACUCAUUCUAUGGUUGCUGCGAGGUCGAGUGUGUCAGCAGCUACUGACACCUAUAUGCAAUGUUUCAGUAAGUGCACGCAGAUAAAAUGGGGUGGAGGGUGA